AUGCAGCGACUCAUACCCACCAGGAUUAUCUGCUUAACUGAAGCAGUUACAGAUGAUCAACUCACAGACGAUGAAGAAUACGAAGAUAUCAUUGAAGAACUUAGAGAAGAAGGUAGAAGGUUUGGAAACUUGGUGAAUGUUGUGGUACCACGACCUAACCGGAAACAUUAUUACACACCAGGAGUUGAAAAGGUUUUCUUAGAGUAUGCAGAUGUGGAUGAUGCGUCGAUUGCUAGAUUGGGGAUGAAUGGAAGAUUUUGUAGGGUAAGCAGAAACCAUAUAGUGGCUUUGUACUAUCCAGAAGACAAGUAUGCGCAAGGCCACUUUGAUGGCUGA